UUAUUUUUAAUUUUCAAGGAUCAUCUCAGUUGAAGGAUAAGACACAACGUGUAGCUUCUUGGCCUUGAACAGCAAAUUAAAGCCGCAGAAAACGCCUUCAAAAUCAUGCUCAUCCACCAAUUCACUACGCCCCCCACUCGAUUCACUUGCAAAUCGCACCAUAUCCCUUUCCAAUCCUUCGCAAUAAAAGCCAGCACUGCCAGCGGCGGGAACGAUCAGCCUCCGCCAUCUCCACCACCGAGCAGUCCGGGGAUACGGUUUCGGAGAGAGUCCAGAAAACGAAGACGGCGGCAGCAGCAGCAACAUGAGGUCACCGGAAACGGCGGGGUGGGGAUGAGACCGAAAACGCCGGCCCCCAAGGAGUGGGAAUCAAUGAGCCUCAGUGAAAAAGCGGCGGAAAUGUACAUGGGGGAGAAGGGUUUUCUAUUCUGGCUCAACAAAUUCGCUUACGCUUCCAUCUUCAUCGUGAUUGGCGGAUGGAUUAUUUUCCGGUUCGUGGGUCCCGCCCUCAACCUCUACCAAUUGGAAACUCCUCCCCUUGCUCCAGAGUCUCUGCUCAAGGGUUCGUAAAAGGUUUGAAACAGAGACCGAUGAAUCUAAAAUUUGAAUUUUCUGGGCAAAUCUUUUAGGCUUGUAGCCUUUAAACUAUCUGUAUCAAUUGUUGAAGUAGGCUACACACCUAUUAAAGAAUGUCCUAUGAGUUCUUCUAUCCAACAAGAUUUCUCUCUUGCAGUUUGCCUCAUCCAAGAAGAGUGCACUUCAUUUAUGGUAAUCUCAAGAAAAGAGUCACCUUCUGACUUACUAAUGAUAGCUCCUUUAACAUUACUAUGCAAUUCCUCAAAUGAAUCCAAGUGAGAUUAAAACUGUUUUAUGUUUCAGCAAUGGCUAAAUUAUGAGCAACUAGAUUGGCUUCUCUAAAUUUGUGAUGACCUUUUGCUUCUCUAAAACUGAUUUUGUUAUCUUUUGCACACCUUGUUUUGUAUACAAUACAUACAACUUCCAUUGUUUUUUUUUUUUGCAUUUUAGAUGAAUUGACACAGUCAAAUUAGCCAUUGGGCAAGACAAUUUUGAAUAAUUUUCUCAGUUGUCAAGGGUUUGUUUGCCAAAAUGAUCUGCCAAAGCUGCAAUGAAUCAAUUUAUAAAAUCUUUUCUGUUGGCAAGAUAGGGAGCACCAUUGCUUCACCUUGCAGACUUAAGGAGAUCUUAAGAGGGAAGCGCAGCAGCAAUAUAAACUGGCCAUCAAAACAGUUUUCAUGAACGCCAUAUAUGGCGUACACCAUUUGUAGCACCAUUCUCUUUUUGUAAUUUUUUUUCUUUCAAAUGUGACCCAAAGUUUUGAUUAUUAUAGUUUUGACCCAUUUUUAAAACAGCAAAUUAGGAAGUUUUACUUGGACUGAAAUUUGUUGGUCUGGUCUGAUUUGGUCUGGUCUGGUCUGAAUUGAUGUGGUCUGGUCUGAUUUCUUUGUAUUUUUAUAACUACCCAAGUUUGGUCUAAUCCGGUUUGAUCUGAUCUGAAACAAAUUACAGUCCAAGUAAAACCGUCCUUAUACAACAACUAUAAAAACUAUUAAUUUGAUAAAAAAAAUAUAAUAACAUUUAAAUCACACAAUAUUAUAAAUAAAGUUUCAAAUCCAAACAACUUAAUAACAGAAAACAAAUGGUACUUAAGAAAAUAACAUAAUUAAAAUUACAAUGAAUAACGUGAUAUACAUGCACCAGUUGAAGAUGUGAGAGAUACAUCAGUUCCAGAUGUUGAAGUGGCAGUUGAUGAGGCGGCACAGUUCACUCAAUUUCUUAGCCGACAUAACCAAAUUCACGACAAAGACGCUCAUAUUGAGCUCCGCAAUGCUUUAUAUGAUCAUUUGUGGGAACAAUUCUCAAAUUCUAAUAACUAAACUAUGAAUAUUUAUUUAAUCUAUUGCUUUAAGUUUAAGUAGUACUUUACUAAUGACGUACAAAUUAUUAUAAUAUUAUUGUAAUGUUUAAUUUUAUGUGGUUUUAGCUUGUAUUUGUGAAAUAUUGAUUAUUGUGUUUAAAUUAGUGAAAUGCGUGAAAAUACAUAUUAAAAUGAUGUAUUUUAGUUUGUAUGUGUGAAAUAAUGUGUGAAAUGUCAAAAUAUUAAAUGAGGGGCUAAUGUAUAAAUAUAAGAUAGUUAGAUACUUAAAUAGAAUAAUGGUAAAAAGUUAGUAAAAAGAAUAAAAAGAGAAUAUUCCUUUUUUGUGAUAAAAAUGGUGUAAACUGUUGGAGAUAAAAUACUGUUUGAUGUGAU